UAGGAGUACAGUGGUAAUUUACUCCUCCUACUAGUACUCCUAUCUGCCCUCGAGUUCUAGGCUACUAUUGCAUCUUGGAAUUGGUACCAUUUCUACAUACAACACUCAUUUCUACAAUGGCAAUGACGCUGCCAUUCGUUUAUUCCGCUGUCUUUUACAUGUUGGUCGGAUCCUUUGAUUCUGCAUGCGCUGGAUCAGUGCUUCUCAACUCAAAUGCCAUCAAGAACAUACCUUUAGUGGCUGGUCCGAGUCACCCGGUCAGCGCGAGCCCUGACGACUUUUCAUUUGCCAGCGGGACCCAAAACAUGGCAAUUGAUACCAUACAGUCUUUGAGUUGCUCCAUGGAUGAGGAGUGCGGUGACCAUGGUUUCUGCUUUGCAUCCCGAGGCGCCUGUCUCCCGUGCAAGAGGCGCAGGAAGCGCUGUAUCCGGGACACUAUGUGCUGCCGGGGCAACCAGUGCAGCAAUGGUGUGUGUUUGCCCAGCGAUCCUGACAUGGUUCAGCACAUUGGAAUGGAGGACACAGUGCCACUCAGCAAUACACAUGAGGAAAACUCUACAGUGGAACUGAACUCCAAGGUGCCCACACAAGAUCUUUCACAAACCCUAAAAGGUCUGGAAGGAGAAAACUGCCUGAGGUCUUCAGAUUGCACAGAGGGACUUUGCUGUGCGCGCCAUUUUUGGUCCAAGAUCUGCAAACCAGUGUUGAAAGACGGUCAGGUCUGCACCAAGCACAAAAGGAAAGGCCCCCACGGUUUGGAGAUAUUCCAGCGGUGUGACUGUGGAGACGGUUUGUCCUGCAGAACACAGAGAGGGGAGCACAACAGCAAGGCAUCGCGAAGUCUGCACACUUGCCAAAGACAUUGAAUCAAUGAACUGUCAGCAGCAAUCCAUGGAUUUCCGUAGCCUUUCAGAAAGUCUAAACUAAAGGACUGAUGUGAUUUCUGACAAGUGAAGUGGAAAGGAAGGAGUUUUCUAUUGGGAGACUCUGUUUUGUUGUAGUCUUCUGAUUUUGUCACUCAAAAAUAGCAGAGUAGUUGUGAUUGUUUCUCUAUGGAACUUGAGAUACAUGAUUAUUACAGUAAAUUACUGUAUUGUACAUAACUUAUAGAUAAUGGCACUUAAUUAUUUUUGUUCACAACAACUAUUCGAAGAGAAGGUGCUCUAAGCUGUUAUCACAUUAUUGUAAAUAUAUUAACACUGAUUUAUACAAGUUUAUAUAG